GCCAUCACGGCACGGUCUUACGUCAGGGUAUGGCAGAGCUUCCAUCAGGGCGGUUGGGGUUCAACACCGCUCGGCGUUCCUCGUCGCGACCAUUCUACACGCGCACAUACCUACCUACCUCUACGUACGACGCAGCACGACGCAGCUUUGGGUUAUCUUGCGCGACAUUGCAUUAUCAGGAGAAAAAGAAACAUUGAUAAUUCUGGCCACAUAAUUGUAUGGUCCGGCAGACCCUCAACCGAACAACCGAUUGCCACCUCGGCGCACAGCUCCCUUUCCUGGAUACAUCGUUUCUCGACUCCGACCAACGACACCAGAGCUUCGUCGAUGUAGGCAGCAAUCGAGACGAUGAGCAGGAACAUCUACGACAUCGACCCAGCCGGCAAUGUGCUCUGCACAUAUACUGGUGAAUCACAGGAGAGUUUGAGGGCCAUCCCAACCCGCCCACCCCCCCUCCUCGCCCUCCUCCACGCCUUCCUCCCCGCCGGCUACCCCCACUCCGUAACCCCCGACUACCUCGCCUACCAAACCUACGACUCCCUACAAGCCUUCUUCUCCUCCAUCACUUCGUUGCUAGCCAACCGCGCCGUCCUCGAAGGCCUCGGCGUAGGAGACUCCUCCUCCUCUCCCACGGGGGCCCUGAUCCUCAAAAUCGCCGGCGACACGAUUUCUCGAAUCGCUACCAUCUUGUUCGCUCACAGACUGGGCACGGCGAUCGAACCGGAGUGCAAGUUCUACCGGUUCCUAGCGGACUUGUUGAAUGAUUCCGCGCAGUUGUUGGACCUCCUAACGCCGGCGAUGCCGUACCUGCCGAAGCUGGGGGUUAUUGUAGGAGCGGGGGUGCUGAGGAGUUUGUGUGGUGUGGCGGCGAAUGCGAGCAAGGCGAGCUUGUCGGCGCAUUUUGCGCUGAGGGGAAAUCUGGCGGAGUUAAAUGCCAAGGAAGCGAGUCAGGAGACGGUGGUGAGUUUGCUGGGCAUGUUGGUGGGGAGUCUGGUGGUGAAGGUUGUGCAGGAUAGACAGGUGGUUUGGGGGUUGAUGGUGGGGCUUUUGGGGGUGCAUUUGCUCAUGAAUUAUUGGGCGGUCAGGAGUGUGAGGUGCAGGACGCUGAAUCGGCAGAGGGCGACGGUGGUGGUGAGGGAGUGGUUGGAAUGUGGGAGGGUGUUGGGGCCGGAGGAGGUGGCGGGGAGGGAGAGUAUUUUGCAACUAGGAGGAGGGAGAGGGUUUGGGUUUGGCAAGAUGGCGAGUAAAUCCGGAGAGUACACGGGUACUUGCGAGUUUGGGACGUAUGGGCAUGUUAAAGCGUUGGCGGGGUGGAAGGGGGGGUAUCAUAGGUAUGAGUUUGAGACGGACGGGUAUUUCAUGGGUAUUUGUCAUCGGGGAGGGAAUUUUGUCAUGAGGAUCGCGUUGAAGGAGGAGCAGCCCCAGGGGAAGAAAAUGAGUACAAGUGUGAGUAGUCCGCUGGAGGCCUGGUUCGAUGCCGUUAGCCACGCCUAUCACUUUGGCUCGGCCCUUAAGGAUGGGUUGGAGAGUCAUUAUGAGAACGAGGUGCCGCUGCUGGGGUAUACGUCGGAGGAGCAGAAGGGGACCGUUUUUGCGGCGCUGGCAGCUGCUGGGUGGGAUCUAGAGACGAAUGCUUUGGAAACGAGAUCGCCUGUGAGGGUGAGGGUCGGGGAUGGGAAGAAAGUUCCAAUCCUAUCAGAAAAGGAUAGUAUUCACCAACCCCAGAUAUCCAAAAAGGAUUGAAAUGUCACAAGCAACAGUAUUGGGUGAGAGAGAAUGCAGUGGAUUCCCUCCUGGAACGGCCAGGAAACUAAGGAGCAACAGGACAUCUACCUAGGCAAAGUACUAUGUAAUAUAUAUAUAUAUCCAACACCAAAGAGCGACCACUAUCACCAGAUAUGUCGCCUCUAUGCAGGUGUCUAUUAUCCUUUAACCAUGCCUCU